AAUCACCUUUUAACAGAAAGCUGUGGUGAGAUGCCGAGGGUCUGAACAUACGGAUCUAAUUUGGUGGGCAACAUUCUGUGUUUCUGGAUUAUCAGCAUGACUCAGCAUUUACUCUGCAAGCCUGUACUUUGUGUACUAUAAUGCUAUAUACAGACCUCCAGAUAACAGAUAACUGACUUCAAUUAGUUUUUAGCAAGUUAAUAAAUCCAAUUUUUCAAUGCAACAUUUUAUUUUUACAAAAUAUUCAACUCUGAUUACACUGAGUUUGUUUGUCUGCCUUUUAAUGUUUGUUUUGAUGCUGGUGGUCUGAGGACACAGCAUAGAGUAGGCUUCAUAGUGAAGUCAAGAAGACAGAGACAAAACAUGCUCCAACACACAUAUCAGAUAAAUACAACCCCAGGCUAUUUGUCUCACAGACAGGUUUAUAGUCUUUCAUUGACCAGCAGGCAGCCCAUAUGGAUGUAGUAGAGGUGGGGCCCUAGGGGUGGGGCCCAUCAGCAACACAUGCCAUGCCAUGAUGUAACAAGGACAAGGCAGUAUUUAAAGCGACGGCUCUCGUCUCCACACUGCUGCAUCCUGUCCAUUCACUGAUUCAUUUGGCAAUUGUCACUUGGAGAGGCAUUUUACCAGGCAUUUUUAUACUUCCACAAAUCAAAUCACGGUAAAAUUUAGGACCUUUUUUUUGGCAUACUUUUACCUUUGUUAUAACUGUUCCCCUGCUAUUGUUUUUUGAUCUUAUUUCUGUCUUUUCCAGGAGUUGGAGUAUGAUUUUAAGGCUCAUCACUUCUGAAAAAUCUUCUAUGGAAAAACAAAGACACCAAUUUAUAGCUGGGAAAAAAUUCAGCCAGAGGGACACCUUUAGAGAAUCCUGAUCUCUAAAGUUUCUUUCCUAGACUGCUCCAUUAAAGGUAAGAAUCAUUAAGCAAAAUUCAGACUACAAAAUGAAGUGUAAAAUAAGACAAGUCAUUUGUGCUAUUGACUUUGCAAGGCAUUUAAGCCCAUGUGAGCCAAGCAUUUCCCUCUCUGAACAGCAUGUUCUGAACAGCUGUCUUUCAUUAAGCAUCACUAGAGCUUCUACUUUAGGAUGUCUCUUUGCUAAAUGGAGGUGUUAAAUAAACCCCCAACAGCUGAAGCAAUGUUCCAAAAAAUACAUAACAUUUGGAUGUUCUUUGGGGUUUAUCUUUUUCAGAUUUUGGAGGAGCUUCUUUUCCUGUGCACAUUAAUAAGCCACUUCUCAAUCCUUAUACUGAUUGAAAAAAUUCUGGAAAAUGGUUGGAUUUGGACCUGCAGACGUGCCUCCAUCAGCAGCUGUGAAGUUUGUAGGAGCGGGAACUGCAGGCUGCAUAGCUGACCUGGUCACCUUUCCCCUGGACACAGCCAAAGUGCGACUGCAGAUACAAGGAGAGGCCAGAGCUCCUGUAGCUGCAGGGAAAGAGUAUGCAGUGAAGUAUCGUGGAGUGUUUGGCACCAUCACCACCAUGGUGCGUACAGAGGGGCCCAGGAGCCUUUACAGUGGACUAGUGGCAGGACUCCAGAGGCAGAUGAGCUUUGCCUCUGUCCGCAUUGGUCUCUACGACUCUGUAAAACAGUUUUACACCAAAGGCUCCGAGCAUGUUGGUAUUGGCAGCCGGCUGCUUGCAGGAUGUACCACUGGUGCCAUGGCGGUUGCUUUUGCUCAGCCUACAGAUGUGGUGAAAGUUCGCUUCCAGGCACAGGCCAGGUCCCCUGGGUGUGUCAGGCGCUAUUGCAGCACUGUUAAUGCUUACAAGACCAUUGCAAAAGAAGAAGGCAUUCAUGGUCUGUGGAAAGGUACAGCUCCAAACAUUGCACGGAAUGCAAUUGUUAACUGCACUGAACUGGUGACGUACGAUUUCAUCAAGGAUACACUCCUUAGGUCCACUCCGCUGACAGAUAAUCUGCCCUGCCACUUCGUAUCAGCCUUCGGUGCAGGGCUAUGCACAACAGUGAUCGCUUCUCCAGUUGAUGUGGUCAAGACAAGAUACAUGAAUGCUGCUCUUAGCCAGUACAGCAGUGUCCUCAAGUGUGCUGCUGCCAUGAUGACCAAAGAGGGACCACUUGCCUUUUAUAAGGGGUUCAUGCCAUCUUUCUUACGCCUGGGCUCCUGGAAUGUGGUGAUGUUUGUGACAUACGAGCAGCUGAAACGAGCCAUGAUGGCAGCGAAUCACAACUGCACAACUAUACUGUAACCAUUAUUGUCUGUCAGAAGGUUGAUGCUGUGGCACAUUGGUGCUGUUUAAAAAUUUCCUUACUUUUUGUUACCUCCUAGACUAUAUUACAGCUCAGAAUAUCAAAGUUAUUUAAACUGUGUUGAUACUGCUCUCUCUCUCUCUCUCUCUCUCUCUCUCUCUCUCUCUCUCAUAACCACAUUAAUCAUCAGUCAGAGGGUAGCAACACAUGUAUUAGCAUGUGAUCAAUAUUUAAAAGCUAGAGCUUGUUUGAUGAGAUGCUUGCUCUCAGCGGAGAGCUUCUCAGGAAACUGGAUGUCAAAAGUAACGAUAAGGUUUCCUCUGUGGGAGGGAUCCUGGGACAGCGGCAUCCCCUCUCCAGUCACCACUUUGUUGU